UGAGCAUGUCUUGGUGGAGGGAUCUCUUGGAUAUUAGCAAGAUAUGGGAAAAAGAAAGCUUUGAUAAUACAAUCGAUCCUCACAAUUAUAGGAGCCUCCAUUCAAAUGACUAGAGCUUACCAGACUUAUAUACUUGGGAGAGCAAUUAUGGGUCUUUCUUUUGGUAUAUCAAACGCCAUCGCUCCUAUGUUUAUAAUGGAACUUUCUCCUCCUAAGAUGAGAGGCAUCUUAAUUUCAUUCGUAACAUUAUGGAUAAACAUAGGACUACUUAUCCCCAUAUUGCUUAAUUUUGCUCUUCCUGUGUUUAUAAGACCAUUUUCUAUAGUCCCUGAUUAUUGCGGCCCUCUUGUAGGCAAGCAUAUCAUAUGGAGGGAGAUUUUCAUGGUUCCAAUUAUUUUUGCUACAAUAAAGCUACUCUGCCUCUUGUUCAUCUUCAAAAAAGAAAAUCCGAUAUAUGAGGAAUACCUUAUCUCUAAAUCAGAUUCUUAUGAUACCAGUGGAGAUUUUGAAGUAGAAGAAUCUGCUCUGGAGGGAGAAUUCAGCACAAAUAUCCAACAGGCUCAGAGUAAGCCUCCAACUAAACUUGAAAAAGAUACCUGGAGCGCUCUUUGUAGGAGAAGAGGAAAGAGAAAAUUAAUGGCCGGUGUUACAGUGAGAUUAAUAGCUCAGCUAUCAGGUAUCGCCAUUGUUCUUAACUUUGCAUUUACUCUCAGAAUAAAUCCAAACUCAACUCAUGGAAACUUAAGGUUAAUGAUAACAAUUCUCAGCAUUGUGCUAAUCCCUGCUUCAAUGCUAUUGCUGACAUAUUGAAAAAGAAGGACACUUCUACUCACUGGCUCUCUCAUCAGCUGAUUAUGAUUAACAGUGCUAUUCCAGACAUCUUUAGAAGUGAACUACACAAACUUUGGAGUUCCCAUGUUUAACGGGUUCCCAAAUAUCUUAUCCACUGUCUUUGUGCUAAUUUUUGCAACAAAUUUUUGGGUAACCAAGGGAGCUACUCUUUAUGUAUAUUGAGGAGAAAUAUUAACAGAUAAAGGAAUGGCAAUAGCUACAGCUACUCAUUGGUUCUUCAAUGCUGUAGUGAUUAUCCUACCAAGCAUGGCCUUUAGAUUGGCAGAUAUGGCGAACUUUGCAAUCUGGUUUCAUGAAUCAAAUGCUAUAUUCUUCUUUAUUUUUGGAGGAAUUUGUAUGAUGAGUUUCUUUAUUACCAUUAUUGCUCUAAAAGAGACAUUCGGAAAGACUCACUACCAGAUCUCUAAUGGCUUCGGAAAGACCAACUACCACUCUCUUGCCACCAUCCAUCACUAACCCCCUCUUCCCCACCCCAAAACUUCCAAAC